CAUAGGUACAUACAUAUACAAAUAUUCAAAAAGCAAAAAUAUUCGAGAUUAAUAAUGGUGCAUACGAUCAAAUCAAAUCAUACUUUUGGAAAAAAACUUGCAAACCCAAUUGUUGUGCUGCUAAUUAUACAAAUACUAUUUAUAGGUUCUUCAAGUGCUAUUAAAUGUUUUAAAUGUGCUGUGACAGUUGAAAAAAUCUACUCAUAUGCCAAAAAUGCGACAAUUAUUACGCCAAUGUGCUCAAAAUUUGAUGAAUCAGAUGAAUACAUAGUUGAUUGUCCCUACUCCACAAUGUGUCUUAAAACAAUAUCAACAUUACAUCUUCAAAAUGGUCAACAACAAGAAACAUUUACACGUGGGUGUGCCCCGCAAAAGGAUACAAAACAAGUCUUCAAUAACGGACGAUGGCAUCAAGAGCAUUCAGUGCAAGAAGUCUACGAAGAAGGCUGUGGUGAUAUUAAAGAAAAUACAAUUGCUGCCUCGUUAAAAACCCUCUGUUAUUGCCGAGGAAACUUGUGCAAUUCGUCAAAACAGAUACUACUCAGUGUGAAUACAAUGACUGUGAUAGCGUUAACAAGUGCUUUGCUAUAUUUAUAAAACUAUAACUUAUCAUACAUAUACUAGAAAAUUUCAAAGUGUUUUUAGUUACUAGAGAUGUUCGGUACUAUCUAUAUCGUAUAUUUUUGAGUAUAUACCGAUGGACAUUUACUCGAAUUUAAAGAAAAACAAAUUAUUUAUAAAUUUCUCUCCUUUUUAUACUGAUGGACAUUUACUCGAAUUUAAAGAAAAACUAAUUAUUUAUAUAUUUUUAUUACUAUAUAUGAAACUAUUGUGUUCUUUACAAAGACUUUCCUUAAAUUUCUCUCCUUUUUAUUCCGAUGGACAUUUACUCAAAUUUAAAGAAACACAAAUUAUUUAUAUCUUUUUAUUGCUAUAUAUGAAACUAUUGUGUUCUUUACAAAGACUUUCGUAAUGUUUAUCCGCCUUUUACAGUCUACUAUAUAUUUUAGAAAAGUAUUGUGAUAAUAUGUAAAUUUAAAUCGUGGGCAAAUAAAAGAACUAUUAUUUAAACACAUGAAA